AUGGAAAUUAAGGUGAAAAGUGGAAUAAAUAUCUGCCUUUUCUGCUUUGCGUACCUGGUGAAAGUGCACCGUUCUAAGCGGGAGUCACGGUUUUUUUCUAUUGUACGGCCGGGACGCCCGAAUACCAACGGAAGCGUCAUUGAAAGGCCCAAAAUCAGCAGCACAGCGGGAUUUUCUUCUGCGUGUGAAAUAGCUCGGAACAAUAUAAGAGAAGCUCAGGAACGCUACAAGGGUCAGUAUGACAAGAAGACUACUCCAAUCAACGUGAAUAUUAGUGAUUGGAUUUUCGUGAAAAGGGAGAUUCGUAGGAAAGAAAAGUUAAGUUGUGUAUUCGAGGGUCCUUAUUGUGCCGUGGGAUCAGGGAGUAACACGGUCCAAGUUCGUCCAAGCAGCCCUAGAGACAUUCAAUUUGGAGAAAUUCCGUCUCUGCCUUUCAGAAGUGCCGGAUGUGGAUGCUGUAACUCAGCGACAUGGUCAUCGAGUUGCUGGAGGACGAGCAAGCAAGUUGGAAAGGGGAAAUGUAAUACCGUCUUAGAUCUUAGAACACUGUUGAUGGUCGCUGACGUCGCUUAGUAGUACGUAGAGAAGUUCACGUGGUUCGUAGCGCGCGGUUCUGUCUUAGAUGUCGUAGGGUGUGUGCUUUUAGCUGUUUGUUGAGA